GAUAUUGCAAGGUUGUUGGACGAUAUAAUGAUGAUAUUAAUCAGCUUCGAAAUAAUUCCGCCAAAAUACGAAGUCUCUGAGCAAUUUGGAUUUCUUUCCAGAUCUCAUGGCAAGACUUCUCCAACGCUUUCCUUAAUAGCCAUUUGUAGAGAGUAUAUGAGUACUUCACCGGAAAUUGAGAAUAAUCUAAAAACUGGGACUGGCGGCUCUGAUUACAUCUUGGCGAAGAAGUUCAUUCAAGUUGAUAGUAGGUCAACAGAAUGA